CCUUCGGUGGUGGUGGCUAUAGAUAAGUGAUGAUUGUCCUGUCGUGUACAGCGUUCGGUUCAGUUUGAGUAUAGCGCGGGAUUGAGAAAGAAGCAACAAGAAGACUCGAAAAGAAACAUAACGAAAAUGUCUUUCGCUUUGCUAUUGGAUCCACCCAGGCCUGAAGCCAAGGCUCUGGCCGAGAAGGAACUCAGAGAAACCGAAGAGAACGUGAAAAAGGGCAUCGAGACCCUGAAGAAGCUCCUCGAAGAGGACAAAACGCUUUAUUACUCUACCGAUGAUGAUUUCCUCAUGAUCUUCCUCCGGCCUUGCAAAUUUUAUCCGGAGAGCGCGCUGGAGCUAAUGAGACGCGUUGCGGAUUUCAAAGUGAAGAAUGCAUCUCUGCUGAACAACCUAUUGCCAAGUGACGAAAAAGAAGCCAUUUGCGAACACAAUGUCGUUAACGUUAUGAAAACCUUAGAUCACAAACAUCGCAGAGUAAUGAUAGUGAAUUCUGGCAAACUCUGGAAUCCGUCAAAAGUCAGCUGCGACCAAAUAUUUCGCUUGUUCUACUUGGUACACGAACUAGCCCUAAGCGAACCGGAAACACAGAUAUAUGGUACCGUAGUGAUAAUGGAUUUUGAUGGGCUAUCCAUGAAACAAGUCACGGGAAUGACGCCGUCCUUCAGCAUGAGGCUCCUUAGUUUUAUUCAAGAUGCAAUGCCACUGCGUUUAAAGGAGAUUCACUUUGUGAAACAACCGUUUUUAUUUAACAUGGUGUGGCAAAUGUUCAAACCAUUUGUCCGAGAAAAAUUGAGGAAGCGCAUGUUUUUCCAUGGCACCAAGAUGUCUUCUCUACAUACUCACAUUCCAGCGAGCCACCUCCCGAAAAAUUAUGAUGGUGAACUACCGGAAAUAGAUUAUACUGGUGCUGAUUGGUAUCCAGUAAUGAUCUCUCAAGAAGAUAAGCUUAAAGUGUGGAACACAUAUGGACGUCGCAAAAAUGAAUAAGCUAAACUGUUAUCACAUAGUUGCUGUUGUAGAUAUUAAAUGUCCUUUUUUUGUAAUUUAAAAAUGUCAUGGAUUCUGAAUGAUAGACAAUCUAAUACAUUGUGUAUAUAUUAUUUGAAAUAUAAUACAUAUAUACACAUUUUAUAUAAAAAUAAAUUGUAUCCGUGUAGAUAAUCCUGUAAUAAUAAAAUAUAUGAGGAAUAGUAUAAAGCAGGAUUUAUAUAAAUACUAGAUUAGAAGCAAAAAUUUGUUCAAGAUUCAUAGAUUCAAAACUUUGAAUUAUAUUCGGAAGUAAAUUUUUAAAAUAUAUAUUAUGUAUAACAUACGGUUGUCUAAUGUUUGGUACUAAUAUUAUAAUAUUAUAAUUACAGCAUAAUUUGUAAUGUUUGCAUAAUAUGCUGUAACAUUUAUAUUAUUAUUAAUAUUAUCAUAUGUAAAAAAAAACUGUUUUUACUACCAAAUUUUUAAAUAGUUGUUAUGCGUAACAGUUGAUCUGUUUUGUUUGUAAUUAUGGCACAAACUUUCUUGUUCGUUUUAUUAGUUGCAGAUUUAUUUUAUUUCUAAUUUUAUUAUAAUAACUAAAAUGUAAAUGUGUUAUAGAUUAUUUUGAAAAAAUGUUUUAUAAAACUUUUGUAUCUCUAAGUGUACAUAGAAAUAAAUAUUAUCACUCUUUU